ACCCCACAUUUUAGGUUAGUAGUUAGCAGAGGUAUGUUAUUUCAGAUUUCAGUUUCACACAUUAUUCUUCUUCCCUCUUAAACCCUUCAAACCUCAAAUCCCUUUCUCUCUCAACCACCGUGAAGAAAUGAAGCAAGAGAAACGGCAGCGGUUCUUCAUAAACGACAACAUCGACAUUCUAAGGGAAAUACUUAAACGACUGGACGGAGCGUCGCUGGGAGUGGCGGCCUGCGUGUGCCGUCUAUGGUGCAGCCUGGCCAGAAACGACGACUCCUUAUGGGAGCACCUCUGCUUCCGCCACGUGUCAGGUCCACCAGCAGCGUCGGUGAAAUCGGUAGUGUUGGCGCUCGGAGGCUACAAGAGGCUAUACAUGGUGUGCGUGAGGCCUGUACUGAGUCGACUCGGUGCUGAGUCUGAGUCGGAUCGGAGGCGAGUUAGGUGGAGGCGGGAGGAGGUUCCGGUGGCUGUGGUGGUUCAGCUCUCGCUCUCGCUGUUCUGCAUUGACAGUUAUGAGAGGCUUCACGGUAACAACAACGCUGCAGGAGGAAUCAUCCCCAGCGACGCGUCCGCAUCGUCCCUCAUGUUCCUCUGUAACCCCAUCAACGUCUGAUUUCUCUUCCUUUAUUAUUAUUAUUAUUAUUAUUAUCUUUUUAAUUUAAAUAAAGUUACAAGAAGCUGCUCUAUCUGUAUCAAUGUGCCGGCUAUUUUAUUUAUUUAUUCUUUUUCUUUUAUAUAUAAAAUUACUAUUAUUACUAAU